GGCCGUGUUCCUCACUCACGUUGCGAAUCGUCAAGCGAAGAACUUCUUCACUGUCCUACGAGGCGAACUUUUUCCAAGUGAAUUUUCAAAGAAGAGAACAAAGAAAGAAAAGCAAAGAUGGCCAAACCACCUGCAGUCGGUAUUGAUCUUGGCACCACGUACUCCUGCGUUGGCGUGUUCCAGCACGGGAAAGUGGAGAUCAUCGCCAAUGAUCAAGGAAAUCGUACAACGCCGAGCUACGUUGCAUUCACGGACACCGAACGGUUGAUCGGGGAUGCAGCCAAAAAUCAAGUUGCCAUGAACCCCAACAACACCAUCUUCGAUGCCAAGCGUCUUAUCGGUCGCCGGUUCGAUGACACAACUGUUCAGGCUGACAUGAAACACUGGCCCUUCACUGUCGUAAACGAAAGCGGCAAACCCAAGAUUCAAGUACAGUACAAAGGAGAGACGAAGACUUUCUUCCCCGAAGAAGUGAGCUCAAUGGUCUUGGUGAAAAUGAAGGAAACUGCCGAAGCGUACCUCGGUAAAAUCGUCACCAAUGCCGUGAUCACUGUGCCUGCUUACUUCAACGACUCGCAGCGUCAGGCAACCAAGGACGCUGGAACCAUCUCAGGCUUGAACGUAUUACGUAUCAUCAAUGAGCCUACCGCUGCCGCCAUUGCAUAUGGCCUGGAUAAGAAGACCACCAACGAGCGCAACGUCCUAAUCUUUGACCUCGGCGGUGGCACCUUCGAUGUGUCGAUUCUGACGAUCGAAGACGGUAUUUUCGAGGUCAAGUCUACAGCAGGAGACACUCAUCUUGGCGGCGAAGAUUUCGACAACCGUAUGGUAAAUCAUUUCGUUCAGGAAUUCAAGCGUAAAUACAAGAAGGACCUGACCAGCAACAAACGCGCUCUGCGCCGUCUGAGAACGGCGUGCGAACGUGCGAAGCGCACAUUGUCUUCGUCUACUCAAGCCAGCAUCGAGAUCGAUUCACUGUACGAGGGAAUCGAUUUCUACACGUCGAUCACCAGGGCUCGGUUCGAAGAGCUCUGCGCUGAUCUUUUCAGAGGAACUCUGGAGCCAGUAGAGAAAUCGCUGCGCGAUGCCAAGAUGGACAAGGCACAGAUCCACGACAUCGUUUUGGUUGGUGGAUCCACGCGUAUCCCCAAGAUCCAGAAGCUGCUGCAGGACUUCUUCAACGGAAAGGAGUUGAACAAGUCCAUCAAUCCUGACGAAGCUGUAGCUUACGGAGCUGCCGUACAAGCCGCCAUUCUUCACGGCGACAAGUCCGAGGAAGUACAAGAUCUACUGCUUCUCGACGUUACACCACUUUCUCUUGGUAUUGAAACGGCUGGCGGUGUCAUGACUGCCCUUAUCAAGAGAAACACCACCAUUCCAACCAAACAGACCCAAACCUUCACCACCUACGCUGAUAAUCAGCCGGGUGUGUUGAUUCAGGUGUACGAGGGAGAACGUGCUAUGACGAAGGACAACAAUCUGUUAGGUAAAUUUGAGCUCAGCGGUAUUCCGCCAGCACCUAGAGGAGUUCCUCAGAUCGAAGUUACAUUUGACAUCGACGCCAACGGUAUCUUGAAUGUAUCCGCGGUGGAUAAAUCUACUGGCAAGGAGAACAAGAUCACCAUCACCAACGAUAAGGGCCGCCUGAGCAAAGAAGAGAUCGAGAGAAUGGUUAACGAAGCCGAGAAGUAUCGUAGCGAGGACGAGAAGCAGAAGGAGACGAUCGCUGCUAAGAAUGGACUCGAGUCUUACUGCUUCAACAUGAAGAGCACAGUGGAGGAUGACAAGCUUAAAGAUAAGAUCAGCGCCAGUGACAAACAAAUCGUAAUGGAUAAAUGCAACGAGAUCAUCAAGUGGUUGGACGCCAAUCAGCUGGCUGAUAAGGAAGAAUACGAACACAAGCAAAAGGAAUUGGAGUCGAUCUGCAACCCAAUCGUCACGAAAUUGUAUCAGGGUGCCGGAGGCAUGCCUGGUGGUAUGCCGGGCGGUUUCCCUCCAGGUGCUGCUCCAGGAGCGGGUGCUCCUGGUGGUGGCGCAGCUGGUGGACCUACCAUUGAGGAAGUCGAUUAAACUCGCUUGUCCACUGUCCUCUUCAUGCAUUCAAUCCUUUGCAGAGGAAAAAACUGUCGAAGAAGAAAAAAAAAGAAGAAGAA